AUGGCGACGGCGAUGGACCCACCGCCCAUCGCGUCGACUUCUGCUUCGAUCGCAAACGCAGCCCCUUCCAUCACCAACGCCACGGCCUCUGAUGCGUUAGGGGAUGCGUCUGCCCGCAAGCUCAAGAAGAAGAAGCAGGGCCGAGGUCGAGAAAUGAUGGGUCAGUCCCGUGCUUGCCUGUCCGACGCAUUGGCGCGUUGAACCCCUGAUGGAGACUGACGCACGCCUGCUUUCUACCACACCUCACGCUCUCCCUCGUAUGCCUGACAACACAGUCAAAGUGUUUUACUCGCUCAAUACACCACGGCCCAACAACUCUAGCAGCAGCGGCAACCAUCACAACUUGCCGAUAUCCUCACCAGCUCCCGCCCCGGCAUCGACCCCUGCAGAGUCACCCCUGGGUUUCCCUCUCGACCCUGCGCUCGCGUCCUUGCCGGCAGCAACGAGCGCACCGACCGCCGCUCAGUCAUCAUCCUCGAUGUUACCUCCGUCACCAUUCCCGGUUCCUCAGCAACAGAGCUAUACGUGCAUCGCCCGACUGCAGACUCCGGUGUGGGUGCAAUUGCUCGGACCCAAACCGACCGUGGCGCAGCUAGACGAGGGCGUGAUCGAGUAUGGGCGCUUGACGCUCAAGACCUGUUUGAGCGCGAUCUGCAUCUCGAGGUGGGUCGAGAAGCAUCUCUUGACUGCGAAAGAAAGGCUGAAAACACUCACCCGUUUGCCCUGCCUUAUACGUACAGGCCCGAACUGGUGACAGAUCCCUCAAAGGACUACGCCGUUUCGAGUCUCGACCCUUAUGAAUCAUCACUGGCUGCUGCUGCGUCCAACUCGACAUCCUCGGCUGUCAACGGUCAAGGCCUGAUGGAGGGCAAAGGCAUGCUGUCAUGGAACCUCGCCGAGAAGCGGGAGGGGACAACAUGGGUGUGCGGACGGGUGGUGCCGGACGAGCGACAAGCGGCUCGACGACGGAUCAAGAAGCGCAAAGGGGACGAUGGAUCCGGGAUCGCCGAGGAUGAAGACGAGAGUAGUGAUGAUGAGGAGAAGCACGAAACCCUCGAAGUGUGGCUACAGCUCGUCGAGGUGAGUCCGCCGUCGAGAUUUGAUGAGGCGAAGAGGACAUCACGUGACCUGCUCCCCUUCGGAGCGAGACGCGUCAAUCGACGAGCGAUCGAAGUUGCAUGUCCCGCGAUGCUGACGCCCCAACUUGAUCAUCGCGUCGUUCCUCGCAGAGACCGUCCUUUACCCAGAUGCAGUUCCUGACGUCACUGAGGUCAUUCGCCAAUCCUGCGCAACCCCACGACUCGUCCGAUCGAGCUUCGUCCCCGCCGCGUCGACGCGAGCAAACACUGUCGGGGCAAGCAGCGCGCCAAAUGGCCAUGCGAGUGGUCAGCGGGGGUGCUCCGCCCUUAGGGGAUCCCGUCAAACGAAAGAGACCACGCGAUUCGGAUCGCCCGCAAAUCACUCUACCGCGGCCGUCACUGGAUCUUUCCACCGCCUUGCCACCACCACUGGUUGCAUCAUCAAGAUCCGAUGGCACAGCGGCCGUGACCACGCCGACGACAGCGUCUUCGACGAUGAACCAGGUCGACGAUCCGCGCAUCGCUGCGUUGCUGGCGCAACUCUUACCUUCGCUCACCGAUUCUUCGACUUCGCCCCCCGCCGCAUCCAUCGACUCUGAAGAAGCCCGUCAGCUAUUGCCCGCGAUUCGCACGCUUGCGCAGUACUACGGCGUCUCGGUGCCGUCCGAGCAGGCCGGCGCCGCGGCGGCGGUCAGUCAAACAAUACCAGGCAACAGUCAGAUCGGCGAAGAAACCUCGACCACGAAGCCUGGGGAACAGUUGUCGAAGGCCAAGUCGGUGGAAGCUUUCACCCCCAUUCCGGACCAUGCCCCUCUCGCCGACGGCGCCAAAGGGCGAUCGAACCCAGCCGACGCGACAGGAGGUUGUUUCAAUUGCAAGCGCAAGAAGAGCACGGUCUGGCGACAGAGCCACCAAGCCGAUGGGACGCGCGUCACGUGCUGUAACGCAUGUGGUGCUCACUACAACAAGUAUGGUCGUCAUCGCACCAAGGGUCAGCGCACGUCGCCUGCGCGUGCCGCUCAAGAUGGCAAUGCCAAAGCCUCGACCAGCACGGCCGGCGCUCCCGCUCGCCGAGGUGGGAAACCGUUGCAAGGCCGAUUGACGGCGGCUUGUGAAUCCGAUCUGAAGAAGGUCAAGACAACAAAGAAGGGAGCGGCUCGUGGUCCGGGUAUGGUCGCACCCCCCAGCCCGAGCAAGGUCAUCGGUCCGCGACACACACCGAGCGGGUCCUUUAGCCACUUUGGAGCGCAUUCGUUCACCUCGCCGCAGCGCCACAAUUCUGCUGCGCGUUUGCGAGGCUCAAAUCACCGCAGCGGCGGUUCAUCGAAUCCCUUCGGAUUCGCUGCGACGUCGCCGACACGAGCGAGUCAUCAACCUCAUCUCAGCCUCUCGGCUGCAGGUUUAAGGAGCGGGUACGAAAGCGAUGGCGAAGGACUUGGCGUGUCGACCUCAUCCAACUUUGCCUCCAUCUUCGGCAUCGGCCACCACAGCCCAUCACCUGAGCGGCCGUCGUCUCGCAACAUGCCUGCAUACCUUCUCACCGCCAGCCCUGGAACGGCGCUCGACCGAAUUCUGAGCGACACCAACAUUGACCUCGACUCGUUUAACACUGGCUUGACCAGUGCUGCGGGUAUGUCGGGCCUGAACGCGCUGACCGACGACGCCUCGUUGCUCAAGGACACGUUGAAGCAACAUUUGGCCGCGGACCAGGAUGAUGACGAGGAGGGCACGCUCGAUCGCGCUCUGAGCAUGUACCUGAGCUCGUUGGAUGAUGACCAAGAGAAGGAGAAUGAGCGUCCAGGAUCGCUGUCGACGAUGGCCAUGGCGCUCAAUGACGGUCCCUCCCCGACCGACCCUUACGCGAUGAUCGAUCCGACUCUUCUUCCUACUUCGUACGCAACGAGUAAUGCCCUUCGAACCGACGCGCCGACGACCGACGCCGAUCCUUUCGAGUCUGUUCUGUCCUCACUUCGACGCGACUUUAACACGCGCCUCUCGUCCAAUGCCUUGACCGCGCCCUCGUCGCCUACGCCCUCGAGCCCCUGUGUCCAGCCUCGAACUAGCUCUGCUACGCCUGGCUCCAAGGGCAAAGCCCCUGCCUCAUGCGGUCGACCCGCACCUUCCGUCGUCGACUCGUUCUUAGACGGUCUGGUGCCAGCUCUCGCCUUCAACACUGUAUCGAACGGUGACACCCCCCUGAGCGAACCCGAAUCUUGGACCCCGACGAGCUUUGAGCAGAACGACGAUGUGACGAUGACUCUCAAUGCCUUCACAUCCAACAAAGCACCGUCUUCGACAGUUACCAGGAUCGUGACGUCGAGAAGGUCAUCGGGCGGAGACGCUGUCAGUAGGCGGCCGCAUCACCCUGCCGCAGCCAAACACCUUCAACCUCACGUCUCGACGACGACCUCGGACACCGAUUUCGACUUUGGCUCGUUGCCCCCGUCGUCUCCUCCUGCGCUCCCUUCCGAAGCUGGACCAACGCCGUCAGAAUUCGGGUCAUGCAUCACACCCGAUGGGGAAAGGUACAUCGACGAAAGCCCUGCCUCGGGCGCGGAGGACGCGAUCAUGCGUAGUGCGGACCCAGAGGCGUCAUCGGGUAAGCUCAUGGCCUCGAACCUCGUUUCGAGUUUGAGUGAAGGCUCUUCGGGCACCAACCAUGAAGAAGCAAUCAAGGCUCUUCUGGCGGGCGGGACGGGAGGCACGGUGCAACUCGAUCGGGCGACGGUCGACAAGCUGUUAUCGAUGAUUGGCAAGAAGGGAUCGACACCGUCGAGUACGAACGGUGGUGACGGCGCUGCCAAGAAAUUGUACACGAACAUGUUCGCCUGAACGGAUAUAAUGGCUAGACGUUGGGCCCGCUUGUACUUUAUCUUACCCCUUUUCUCUGCUUCAGCAAUUCACCCCUUUUACCGUUUUCGCAUUUCCACCACCUUGCAUGAUUAUGGAUCUAGUUGUGUUUCACGUUUGUCUUUUGCAUUUGGAUUUUUCGAUAAUCGCCUUUGCUUCUUGUUCAAUACAUUACAGUUCGGUCUUGCAUUUCAGAGCGUCCGUGGAGAGUGAGGGAGACGUGCCGUGGGAUUGCUCAGAGAAGGUCCGAGCUCAAAACGACUUCGCAACACUCGCGGAGGAUUGAGCGAUGUUGCCCGACUUCACUCGCCGAUCGGGUAUCUCACAUUUCUCUCGUCCAUCUUUUCAGCGGUUCGAACGGUAUUCAUUGGGUCGGGACAGCUAUAGACACGGUUCGACGGGGGUUUCGUAUCAAAUCCUCCCCUUCCAAACCGCUGCAGGCUUCCUUCGUCGCGCACUCGUUCGCCCGGUUAGGUGCCUUGACUCCGACCAGUGAGUGCAGCCAUGACUGCAUCUUUCUCAAGUGGGUCUGUAAUAACUUUCUUCCUCUCUCUGGUAGUGCAUCGCACUCGUUUCUCAGCUCUGGCAGCUCCGCUUCGCCAGCGCUCCGUCGCAGCCUGCACGUGCCGAAUCGCCCCAUCCGUCCGUCUCGCAACACCGACAUGGAACGCUUCCAAAGCUUGGAGUAUCUCUUCCACUCCCGUUCGAUCUUUCCACGCUUCGACAAGGACGUUCGAUGACGAGGCCGAGGCUGUGGAGGGUGAACCGGCCAGACCGGCGGCCGUCGUUCCGCUCGCUCCGAUCUACAAGGUCACCCCGGACGAUUCAAAGAGGUUGACCAGGUUGAGGAAUGUCGGCAUCAGUGCACAGUAAGCACGAUCGAGAUUUAAGUGACGCUAUGAUUCAGCACUGAUUCUCCCGACCUCCUGUACAUCGAUCGAACAUACUUCCGACCUCCUGUACAUCAACCGAACAAAUUAUUUCCGUGUCGGCGCCCGUGUGCAGUAUCGAUUCGGGCAAGACGACACUCACAGAACGAAUCCUCUUCUACACCGGCCGAAUCGCGAGUAUCCACGAAGUUCGAGGGCGCGAUGCUGUUGGUGCCAAAAUGGACUCGAUGGAACUGGAAAGGGAGAAGGGUAUCACCAUUCAGUCGGCUGCGACGUUUGCCGAUUGGGAUGUCAAGCAGAGUCCGAUCCCGGGUCAGGAGGGCAAAUAUAGCAUCAACAUUAUUGAUACACCCGGUAGGUCUGACUGACUUUGAUAGACAGCCGAUCUGUCAUAUCUAUCGGGAGGAAGUAGCGGGGACUUACCUUUUCCGAGUUGCCGACAGGUCACGUCGACUUCACGAUCGAGGUUGAGCGAGCUUUGCGAGUCUUGGACGGUGCCGUCUUGGUGCUGUGUGCCGUUUCUGGAGUCCAGGUAAUUCUAAAUAAUAGAUUUUGACCAGUUUGAUAAAUUGCUGACAUGACUCCUGUUCGGUGGGCUCGCUUUAUUCGGCGCAGUCGCAAACGAUCACGGUCGACCGACAGAUGCGCCGCUAUAAUGUCCCUCGCUUGUCUUUCAUCAACAAGAUGGACCGAGCAGGUGCCAACCCGGAGCGUGUGCUGAACCAGAUCCGCAACAAGUUGCGCAUCAAGGCCGCGAUGGUCAAUAUCCAGAUGGGCGAGGAAGGCAACUUCAACGGUGUCGUCGAUCUCGUCAAGUGGAAAGCCAUCUACAACGAGGGCGAGAAGGGCAUGAACGUCCGAGCAGAUGAGAUCCCGACCGAAUUCAUGGAAGCUGCUCAAGCUAAACGGGCCGAGCUGGUUGAAGCCCUUGCCGAAGUCGACGAUGAGAUUGCCGAUGCCUGGCUCGAAGAGAGGGAGAUCUCGAGUAGCGAGUUGGCCGAUGCUAUCCGCCGUGCGACCGUCGCGCUCAAGUUCUCGCCCGUGUUCGUUGGGUCUGCUCUGGCGAACAAGUCGGUUCAGGCCGUCUUGGAUGGCGUAUGCUUGUACUUGCCCACACCUGAGGAAUCGCCGGCUUUGGCUUUGUCGGUUGCCUCCCCCAACGACCCACCGCAAACCCUGACCCCGACGACCGAAGCACCGCUCGUCUCGCUGGCAUUCAAGCUCGAAGAAGGGCGUUACGGGCAAUUGACCUACAUCCGCGUGUACCAGGGUCGAUUGCAGAGGGGUGGAACGAUCACGAAUGUGCGCACGGGCAAGAAGGUCAAGGUGCCGCGGUUGGUGCGCAUGCACUCCGAUGAGAUGGAGGACGUCGACAGCAUUGGAGCGGGUGAGAUUUGCGCCAUGUUUGGUGUCGAGUGCUCGAGUGGCGAUACGUUCUCAGACACCCCCGGUGGCGGAGGCUACUCGAUGGUGAGUCUCUUGAUUCUGAACUUCAGUUGGCUCGGCGCUGAUGUUGCCUUUGGUGCUCAAUCAGACCUCGAUGUUUGUGCCCGAGCCCGUCAUCUCGCUCGCCAUUCGACCCAAGGGUCAGGAGACCCCCAACUUUUCGCGAGCGCUGAACCGAUUCCAGAAGGAAGACCCGACAUUCAGGGUUCACGUCGAUGCCGAGUCACAGGAAACGAUUAUCUCUGGCAUGGGUGAACUGCAUCUCGACAUCUACGUCGAGCGCAUGCGUCGCGAGUACAACGUUGAGUGCGUCACGGGCAAGCCGCGAGUGGCAUUCCGAGAAACGAUCCAGGAGCCGGUUUCCUUCGCGUACACGCACAAGAAGCAAUCGGGUGGUGCUGGUCAAUAUGGUAAAGUGGUUGGGCGCAUUGAGCCCAUGGAGAUGGAUGAAGCGACUGGCAAGGACACGGCCUUCGAGAGCAGUGUCAUCGGUGGCAACAUCCCUGCGGCCUACAUCCCCGCUGUCGAGAAAGGUUUCAAUGAUGCACUAGACCGAGGUAUCUUGACCGGCCACCCCAUUAGCGGCUGCAGGUUCGUGCUCGAGGAUGGUGCGGCGCAUCAAGUCGAUUCGUCCGAACUUGCUUUCCGGCUAGCGGCCCAGGGAGCGUUCCGUGAGGCUUUCCCCAAAGGUCGGCCUGUCGUGCUUGAGCCCGUGAUGAAGGUCGAAAUUGUUGCACCUAUCGAGUUCCAGGGUACCGUCAUUGGCGGUAUCAACCAACGUCGGGGUACGAUCGCUGAUACCGAGAUGCGCGACGAGGAGUUCACGCUUUCGGCAGAGGUGGCACUAAAUGACAUGUUCGGAUGUGAGUUUGCAUCGACCAAGGAGGAGGCGCAGUGAGGUAUGACCUAUUCUGACGUGCAACUUGCUUUCUUGUCAGAUGCAUCGCAACUUCGCGGCAUGACGCAAGGUUAGCUGUCGACCAGAGAAUCUUCGAGGUGGUGCAACUCACAAUUGCUGAUUCCUUGAUCCAAACUUUCCGCCAUUGUCAGGCAAGGGUGAAUUCUCGAUGGAGUACCUCCGACACGCCCCUGUCUUACCCAACGUCCAAAAGGAAAUGAUUGAAGCGCACCGAGCCUUCACUACAAAGAAAUGA